AUGUCUUCUUCACUAUACAUGGGCCUCACUGGGCGAGCAUUGCGUCUUGCCCAAAUGAUGCUCAUCGUAGCCCCGGCCUUUUUUGUUUUCGGAUACAACCAAGCCGGUACUGGCCCCUUGGCAACCCUUCCCAGUUGGGUUGCGACAUUCCCUCAAAUCGAUACCAUCAACACUGAAGGUGCCAUGAAAGCCCACAAUUCCACCGGCAAAGGUGCCGUGAUCGCCUCGUUCCAAAUCGGUGCUCUGAUUGGAGCCCUGUCUUGUACAGUUUUGUCUGACCGUCUGGGCCGCCGAAAGACCAUCUUCCUGGGUGCGAUCCUGACCGUCAUCGGUCAGGUUUUACAGACCUCCGCGUAUACCUUGAUCCAAUUCACCGUCGGUCGUAUAAUCCUAGGCAUGGGAGUCGGCCAAUUGAGUGUGGCAGUCCCUGUUUGGCAAUCAGAGUGUUCUUCUGCGAAGAACAGAGGCCAGCAUGUCGUAGCUGACGGCAUCUUUAUGUGUCUCGGCUACUCCCUUUGUAACUGGAUUGACUUUGGAUUCAGCGAGCUUCCCGGUACAAACACCGGUCAGUGGAGGGGACCGCUUGCUGUCUCUUUCUUCCCAUCAUUGGUGAUUCUGGCAUCUAUUUUCUUUUUGCCUGAAUCGCCCCGUUGGUUGGUUCGCGUCAAUCGCACUGAAGAGGCUACCAUCAAUCUAGCUACGCUUAAAGGUACCCAGCCAGAUGACACAGUAAUUCAAACUGAGAUUUCUGGCAUUGAGAUAUCAUUCGAAGUUACAUCUCAGUCAAAGGGUGUUCUUCGGGAGAUCUUCUCAAAGAAUGACGAUGAACGUCUUCUUUAUCGCUUCUGUCUCUGCAUCGUACUGCAAUUUUUCCAGCAGAUGUGCGGCGGAAAUUUGAUCUCAGUCUAUGCGUCGACAAUCUUCGAGGAGAAUUUGAAUUUAGGCUCGAAGUUAUCGAAAAUUCUGGCAGCUUGCGCCUUGACCUGGAAGUUCUUAUGCUGCUUUAUCGCUUUCUUCACAAUCGACCGUCUAGGUCGUCGUGCCGUGUUCAUGAUCAGCGGAGCCGGAAUGGCAGUUUGCAUGGCCGCAAUGGCCGUGACGACGAGCUUCGGCACAGACAACAAACAUGCGUCUAUUGCAUCAGCAUUUUUUAUUUUUCUCUUCAAUCUCUUCUACCCUAUUGGCUUUCUUGGUGGCAAUUUCUUGUACUGUACCGAAGUAGCACCGGUCCGCCUGCGAGUUGCAAUGGCAGCUAUUUCAACAGCUAACCACUGGCUGUGGAAUUUCGUCGUGGUCAUGGUGACUCCAGUUGCACUCGACACAAUUGGAUACCGGUACUAUAUCAUGUACGCAAUUCUGUCGGCUUGCAUUCCUAUUUUAGUGUACUUUUUCUAUCCUGAGACGAUGAACCGCAAUCUUGAGAUGUUGAACCAUGUCUUCCGGGAUGCAUCGUCGCCCUGGCAGAUUGUCUCUAUGGCGCGUCAUCUGCCUCAAGGUGAGGUCACACCCGCCGAACUUAUUGCUAGGAACAAGGAGAAGGGUGAUACGUGCUCAGUUGAGAUGAAGGAGAAUGUUUAA